AUGUUUAACGAAUUUCUGGCGGUCGCACUAUCGAUUACCUUUAUCUUCAGACAAGUACCAGGCCACUCUAUAUUCAAAUUAUCAUCAGUAUUCAAAGGCUUGAUUAGAGUUGUGUUGUAUCUACAAGUACGUGAUACGAAUUUGAGUUCAACCACUUUGGACAAAGUCCCUGUGACGAUUCUGUCAGGAUACCUUGGUGCUGGAAAAACUACUCUUUUGAAUUAUAUUCUAACCUAUGCUCAUAACAAAAAGAUUGCUGUUCUUUUAAAUGAUUUUGGAGAAGGUUCAGCUGUAGAGUCUAGUAUUGCGUGGAGUGAAAAAGAUGGUAACCUCUUUGAAGAAUGGAUAGAAUUGCGUAACGGUUGUUUAUGCUGUUCUUUAAAAGAUGCAAGUGUACGAGCCAUUGAAAAUUUAAUGAAGCGGAAGGGAAAAUUUGAUUAUAUUCUAAUUGAGACAUCUGGACUUGCUGAUCCAGGUCCUGUUGCAUCACUCUUCUGGUUAGACGAAGAUUUAUGUAGUCAAAUUUGCCUCGAUGGAAUUGUAACAGUUUUGGAUUCAAAAUACUGUUUACCACAUCUUAUGAAGUCUACUGGGGAUGAGAUGAGUGAAUAUGAAAGACAGGUACUUUUGGCUGAUGUACUCAUUGUCAACAAAACUGACUUGAUUUCUGAUUCAGAAAAAUCAGAAGUGGUUCAGCGUAUUAGAGAUAUCAAUAAUUCUGCUAGGCUCAUUGAAACUAAUUAUUGCAAGGUGAAUUUGGAAGAAAUUCUCGAUCUUCAGAUGUAUUCUAACAGUCCUAAACUGGAAGCUUUUGUUCCGUCUUCCAAAUCGGUAUCAAUUCAUUUGAAUAGACGAAUAUCAACGCUGACCUUUGAGUUUUCUCGUCCAUUCAGUCGUAAAUUGUUUGAAAAUGUUAUAGAGUCAAUGCUUUGGGAGCACAGUGUUCACGAUGAGAGCGGAAAUCCAAUGAAUGUUCUACGCUUAAAGGGAUUUAUUCGCUUCAUAGAUGAUGAUUGUACUUACAGUCUACAAGGAUUGAACGAAAUUUAUGAUCUUUCCCAAAUACCUAAUGAAAGAGCUGAAUUGCUUAACCUAAACGGAACAAGAUUAAUAUUUAUUGGUCAUAAUCUAUGUUCAUCAAUUUUGAAAGAAUUGCUCAUUAAUUGUACAGUAUGA